UGUUAUAUAAUCAUGGUCUGAUAAGUGGAUUUCUGAGGGACUAUAACUUCUCUCAGCUCACAAACUUCACGGCCAUUUCUGCUGUCAGAAGGGUGACGUGUAGCUCAAGACCUACUGAAUCUGCACAGACACUAAAGAAGCCAAGUCUCACACUUCAAGUUUAAAAUGGCUCAGACACCACUUCUUUCCCUGCCUGAGUUUCACAAUGUUUCUACUGGGGGUCUGGUUGUGAAAGAGGCUCUGAACUUCUGGGGUGGAGCUCGAGUUCAAGGCAAGAACACGAACAACUCUGAGCCAGUGUAUGAACCAGCAACUGGCCGUGUGCUGUGUGAUAUGAUUCCUUGUGGGGAGGAGGAGGUCGAUCAGGCCAUAAAGGCUGCACACACUGCCUACCUAAAAUGGAGUAAACUUGCCGGCAUAGAGAGAGCUCGGAUCCUGCUGGAGGCUGCACGUAUUAUUAGGGAGCGCAGAGAUCAGAUAGCUGUGCUGGAAGUGAUCAACAAUGGAAAAAGUAUAACUGAGGCUAAGGUGGACAUUGAUGUGGCCUGGCAGUGUAUUGAGUACUAUGCUGGAAUUGCUCCCACACUAUCAGGCCAGCACAUUCAGCUUCCCGGAGGCUCUUUUGCCUACACUCGUAGAGAGCCACUGGGUGUAUGUGUGGGAAUCGGUGCCUGGAACUAUCCUUUCCAGAUUGCUGCAUGGAAAUCAGCCCCAGCUCUAGCGUGUGGUAAUGCCAUGGUGUUUAAGCCAUCUCCCAUGACUCCACUCACAGCAGUCAUUUUAGCAGAGAUCUAUAAAGAAGCUGGCGUGCCAGACGGGCUGUUUAAUGUGGUGCAGGGUGCAGCCGAGACCGGAUCACUGCUGUGCCACCACCCCAUGGUGGCCAAAGUGUCGUUCACUGGUAGUGUGCCUACUGGCAAGAAGGUCAUGGAGAUGUCCGCAAAAGGUGUGAAGCAAGUGACACUGGAGUUAGGUGGAAAGUCACCACUUAUCAUCUUUAAGGACUGUGAGCUGGAGAAUGCUAUCAGAGGGGCUUUAAUGGCUAACUUCCUCACCCAGGGAGAGGUGUGUUGCAAUGGGACACGGGUGUUCGUGCAGAGGGAUAUUAUGAAACCAUUUAUAGAGGAGAUUGUGAAGAGAACAAAGGCCAUUGCUGUUGGAGAUCCUCUACAAGAUGGGACACGGAUGGGUGCUCUGAUUAGCAAACCCCACAUGGAGAAAGUGCUGGGUUUUAUAAACCAAGCUAAAGAACAGGGAGCCAAGGUGUUAUGUGGUGGAGAGCCAUUUGUUUCCAGUGACCCCAAACUUAAAGGAGGCUACUUCUUGUCCCCAUGUGUUCUGGAUAACUGCAGGGAUGACAUGACCUGUGUGAAAGAGGAAAUCUUUGGGCCUGUGAUGUCCAUUAUGCCAUUUGACACUGAAGAGGAAGUUUUGCAAAGAGCCAACAACACAACUUUUGGUUUGGCAUCUGGAGUCUUUACCAGAGAUAUUUCUAGAGCACACAGAGUGGCUGAAAAUCUUCAAGCAGGGACAUGCUUCAUCAAUAAUUAUAAUGUGAGUCCAGUGGAGGUCCCAUUUGGAGGCUACAAGAUGUCAGGUUUUGGCAGAGAAAAUGGUAUGGUGACUGUUGAGUAUUAUUCCCAGCUGAAAACUGUUGUGGUGGAAAUGGGAGAUGUUGACAACCACUUUUAAAAGACCGUUAUGUCUUCAGUAAAGUGACCGUCUUGACAUUCAACAGUAAAGCUGUGCUGAUGUUUAGUAAAUAUGAACCCACAGGUGACUGUUAAGUCAACAUAUUCCUGACUGUCCACUUUUGAAUAUGUGAAAAUAGUUCUGAGCCAAAACCAUAUCAUAUAGCAAGUGCCUAAAACACUAAGGUUAUAUUUGCAUUUAAGAUUUUCUUACUGCAUUUGUACAGUACACCAUGUAAGCAAUAUUUGUAGCAAGUUCAUUUGCAUUUUCAGUAUAGGAAACAUCUAGACAUUUGUGAAAGAGAGCAGAUGGUUGUGAGAAUUAUCCAACAGUGUAAACUGUGUUGUGGAAUGUCAGUUUUUACUGAAAAUAAACACAUUUCUAUCA